CAGGAAAGUUUCAUUGUUAAGGGUUGCUUCGGUGUAUGUAUAUAAGGCUUUUAUAACAAAUGUUGACUUGAAAAAGUUUUUCUUCGUUUUUUUUUUGUUACUUCAUUAUUGUUACUUGAAAUGAACUGAGUUUCACUUUUCUCUUCUAUUCAACGGAUAAUGUUUAACCUGUUCUGGAAUACAAUUGAUUUUACCAACAUUGACCAUGUUCCUGUUGAUCAUCCAUUAAUUGAACCCAAUCUUGCAACAAAUGAUUAACAUUGAACCAAAAGUUGAGUAACUAUUUGAUCAACUUUAACCGUGUCUUAACAAUCUUGAUCAAUCCUCUUCUAAUCAUGAGAAAGUUUGAUUGUUCCAAGUGGCCCAACAGGGUUAAUUGUUUCAACUUUUUUCCAUUGCAAUUGUUUGCUCUUCUUUCGUUACAAGUCACUUUGACUGUAAGCCACAGUUCAUGGGAUCAAUGGUGGGCUUAUGAUGGUAUCUCAGGUCCAAGCUAUUGGGGCAUUUUAAACCCUAAAUGGUCACAUUGUACAAAAGGAAGGAAACAAUCGCCCAUUGAUAUAAAUCCUGAUUCACUUUUAUUUGAUCCUGGAUUAGAGUCGAUACAAAUCAUUAAAGGAGACAUUAUUAAUGGAGAUCUAAUCAAUACUGGACGAGGUUUGAAGCUUGGUGUUGAUAUAAAUUCAUCGAUAACAAUCACUUCAGGACCUUUAUCAUAUCAAUAUUCAAUUAACCAUAUGAUAUUUCAUUAUGGAACACAAGAUGACCGUGGAUCUGAACAUCGGAUUAAUGGUGUUUCUUUUCCUGGUGAACUUCAAUUAUACUUUUACAAUUCCCAGCUUUACCAUAAUUGGACUCAAGCAGCUCAAGAAUCAAAUGGUUUAGCUGUAAUUGCCGUUUUAAUUCACAUUGCUUCAUCUAGUGAAGAGGAAACAACUGCAACUUCAUUUAAUUCAAUAGUUAAAUCGAUAGAGCACAUUAAAUAUAAAGGUACGAGUCAUAAACUGGAGUCAAUGAGUAUCCAUAAAUUGUUACCAACAUUGGACCAUUAUAUUACCUAUGAAGGAUCUUUAACAGAACCACCGUGUCAUGAAACAGUUCAAUGGAUUGUAUUGAAUAAACCUCUCUAUGCAACUUACCAGCAGCUUUCGUUGAUCCGUAAUUCCCUUAACAUUGAUGGUUAUGGUGAUAAUUAUAGACCCAUUCAGCUGACAAAUUAUCGCUGUGUCCGAACAAAUAUACUGAGGGAAUUUAAUACAACCAUAGAUGAGAUGUCUCAAUCAAUGAAAGAUAAUCACCACGAAUUCAACAAGAAACGUAUUUGUGGAAACAAAGGUUAUGUUACUUAUAAAGCAAAUAUCAAACGAGAUUUGGAUGGAGACUGAUUUUGGGUCCACUGCAAAAUGAAUGGAUAAACAUGUGCAUUUGAUUGUUUCUUCAACUUUAUAUUCUUUCUUCGACUUGUACAGGAUCCAUGUCAAAGGUUGAAAAAUAAUGGAUAAACCUCGCUUCCAUUGGAACUCUUUACAAGCCCAUUCGCAAUAGAGAUUACUCUUCACUUAUUCGAUGGUCGAUGGCAAUCUUCAUUAUUAGUUGGCCUAAUUGACAGUCAAAAGGAACUGUAAAGUUUACUUAGUUUGGCUGACUAUUUUUACCUUCAAGAUUGGAUGAGAAAAACCAUGUCUUUCAUUAGAAGUGACUAAAAAGUUUUGUGAUGUAUCAUUAAUAUUAAAAAUUAUUUAAUAAAAAACUUGGAUUGUGCCAUUCAA